AUGCUCCAAGAUCUCAGAGAUCCCAACAGCUCUAAUUUCCAGGUCUCUGAGUUCAUCCUGAUGGGAUUCCCUGGCAUUCACAUCUGGCAGCACUGGCUCUCCCUGCCCCUGGCUCUGCUCUACCUCUUAGCUCUCAGUGCUAACAUCUUUAUCUUGAUCAUCGUCACUCAAGAGGCAGCACUACACCAGCCUAUGUACUAUUUCCUGGGCAUCCUGGCUGUGGUGGACAUGGGCCUGGCUACCACCAUCGUGCCUAAGAUUUUGGCCAUUUUAUGGUUUGAUGCUAAGGCCAUCAGUCUCCCUGAGUGCUUUGCUCAGAUGUAUGCCAUACAUUGUUUUGUGGCCAUGGAGUCAGGUAUCUUUGUCUGCAUGGCUAUAGACAGAUACAUAGCCAUUUGCCAACCACUACGGUAUGCAUCAAUAAUUACUGAAUCUUCUGUGAUCAAAGCAACUGUGUUCAUGACAAUCAGAAACAGUCUGUGUCCUAUCUCAGUGCCUGUGUUGGCUGCUCAGAGACACUACUGUUUCCAGAAUCACAUUGAACACUGUCUAUGCUCUAAUCUUGGAGUCACUGGUCUAUCUUGUGAUGACAGGAAAAUCAACAGUAUUAACCAGCUAAUUCUGGCUUGGACCCUCAUGGGAGGUGACUUGGGUUUGAUAAUUUUAUCAUAUACCUUGAUACUUCACUCUGUGCUGAAACUGAAUUCAGUAGAAGCAGCAUCCAAGGCCUUAAGUACCUGCACUUCUCACCUCAUCCUUAUCCUUUUCUUCUACACAGUUAUCAUUGUUAUUUCCAUCACUCAUAGUGCAGGAAUGACAGUUCCCCUCAUCCCAGUUCUACUCAAUGUGUUACACAAUGUCAUUCCCCCUGCCCUCAACCCCAUGGUGUAUGCACUCAAGAAUAAGGAGCUCAGGCAGGGUUUGUAUAAGGUGCUUAGGAUGAGUGUCAAGGGCAACUGA